AUGGCAGCAGAAAUGGCCUUAGUUAGACCCAUAUCAAAAUUCAGCUCCACUAUCCCAAGAAUUGGAAACUCCCGAUUGCCAUGCACCCGAUUUUUCACCAUCAAAAUGUCGUCCACCGUCCAGUCCCAGGCAGCAACUCUAUCCAAAAAGAAAAAGGCUGGGAAAAAAGAAAUAAAUGAAAGCCUGCUGACUCCAAGAUUUUACACCACGGAUUUUGAUGAAAUGGAGCAGCUUUUUAACACAGAAAUCAACAAGAAUCUGAACAUGUCUGAGUUUGAGGCUUUAUUGCAGGAAUUCAAGACUGAUUUCAACCAGACUCACUUUGUAAGGAACAAGGAGUUCAAGGAGGCUGCUGAUAAAAUGGAGGAUCCUUUGAGGCAGAUUUUUGUGGAGUUCUUGGAGAGGUCUUGCACUGCUGAGUUCUCUGGGUUCCUUCUCUACAAGGAGCUUGGGAGAAGGCUCAAGAAAACUAACCCUGUAGUAGCUGAGAUUUUCUCACUUAUGUCGAGGGAUGAAGCUCGCCAUGCGGGGUUUUUGAAUAAGGGUUUAUCUGACUUCAAUUUGGCACUCGACUUGGGUUUCCUUACAAAGGACGAGAAUCGCCAUGGUGAUUUCUUCUCAGCUUUGAUGAAGGCACAGCCACAGUUCCUGAACGACUGGAAGGCAAAACUGUGGGCACGCUUCUUCUGCCUCUCGGUUUAUGUGACAAUGUACCUUAAUGACUGCCAAAGAACAGCUUUCUAUGAAGGCAUUGGGCUUAACACCAAGGAAUUUGACAUGCACGUCAUUAUUGAGACAAACCGCACAACAGCUAGAAUUUUCCCAGCUGUGCCGGAUGUUGAGAACCCGGAAUUCAAGAGGAAAUUAGAUCGGAUGGUGGAGAUCAACGAGCAACUGCUUGCAGUGGGACAGAGUCAAGACAUUCCCUUGGUGAAGAACUUGAAGAGGAUACCACUCAUUUCAGCUUUGGCUUCUGAGAUAUUGGCUGCAUAUCUCAUGAAACCCAUUGAAUCUGGUUCUGUUGAUUUUGCAGAGUUUGAACCACAACUUGUUUACUGA